AUGACGGCGACAAGCAAUGAUGGCACCACCCAGAUGAGCUCAGGCCGUCCGAAGCUUCACGGCCGGGCCUUCUACGAGAGCAUCGGAAGCCCCAAGUUCAUCGUUGCACCCAUGGUGGACCAGUCCGAGUUUGCCUGGCGGAUGCUCACCAGGUCCUUCCUCCCGCCCUCUGAGCGGUCAAGCAUCCUCGCCUACUCGCCAAUGCUUCACGCGCGCCUCUUUGCCGAGAGCCAGAAGUACCGCGACUCUCACUUCCAGCCCACACGAGUGGGCAUACCGAGCCCAGAUGCGCCGCCCGCCUCCACAGCCUCCCCUCCCUCCGCGGAUGCCGCCCCCUACCUCGACGGCAACCCGGCCAUAGACCGGCCGCUCUUCGUCCAGUUCUGCGCCAACGACCCGACCGCGCUGCUCUCGGCGGCGCAGCUCGUGGCGCCGCACUGCGACGCCGUCGAUCUCAACCUGGGCUGCCCGCAGGGGAUCGCGCGCAAGGGCCACUACGGCGCCUUCCUGCAGGAGGACCAGGAGCUCAUCUACAAGCUGAUCCGCACGCUGCACGAGGCGCUGCCCGUGCCGGUGACGGCCAAGAUCCGCAUCCUCGAGACGCGCGAGGCCACGCUCGCGUACGCGCGCAACGUGCUGGCCGCCGGCGCGAGCAUCCUCACCGUGCACGGCCGCCGCAGGGAGCAGAAGGGCCACAUGACGGGCCUCGCGGACUGGAGCUACAUCCGCUUCCUGCGCGACAGCCUCCCGCCCGAGACGGUCAUCUUUGCGAAUGGAAAUAUCCUCCAGCAUGGGGACCUGGAGGCGUGUCUGGAGGCGACAGGCGCGGACGGCGUCAUGAGCGCCGAGGGGAACCUCAGUGAUCCGGCACUGUUUGCGCCUGCGCCGGCGGUUGGAGAGGAGGGCAGGGAGUACUGGCGUGGGAGGGAUGGGAGGGGAGGUUGGCGGGUUGAUGCCGUGUUCCGGCGGUAUCUAGAUAUCAUGCACAAGUACGUGCUGGACCAGGAGCCACCUGCUCGACGGCCGCUCUUCAUGCCAGGCGAUAGCACAGACUGGCUGCAAGCACGCGCAGAACCCGAGGGGGAGGAGGAGGGUCCGGCGCGCAAGAAACGUAGGAAGGAGAGUGGGAAGAACGCCAGCGGGUCGCUGUCUCCUAACAUCGGCCCUAUGCAGCCGCACCUAUUCCAUAUGCUUCGGCACUUCGUCUCCAAGCACACUGAUGUCAGGGAUGCUUUGGCAAGAGCGAGGUCAGGCGAUGUCAACAAGUACGAGAAGCUGCUGGACAUGGUGGAACGCAAGGUCGCUGAAGGACUCAUUGAGUAUGAGCGGACCGAUGGCAAGAGCGUCGAAGAAACAGAGGCUGCAGAUGGCGCAAAGAACGGUGAAGCGCCUGUUGGAAGCGACGAGGUCGAGAAUGACACUGAGAGCUCUGUACAGACUGUCAAGAAGUGCAAAAGACCUUGGUGGGUGAUCCAGCCCAUUGUCCGGCCACUGCCGAAGGAGGCCAUGGCAAAGGGGGCCAUACAGAUAAAGAAAAAGGACAGGGAAAAACUUGAGGCAGAGACGCAACAGAAACCUGAAACGACGUCAUCACAACAGUCAGAAACUACCGCAGACCUAGAGCGAAAGACAAGCUUCCCAGCAAGCGAGCUCGUGUCCGGCUAG